AAUGAUGAUUUAUUUUUUGCAGACUGUGUGUCAGGAUUUUCACCUCAUAUUGAAAUAAUUGAAGGUAUUCAAGUGAUCGCUCAAAGCCUUGCUACCUUUCACGCAAACACGCUUGAAACGUGUUUUGAUGCAUGCAUAAAAAAUACGUUAGUUAAUGAUAACGUUUUACCCGUUGUUUGUCGAAGUGCUCACUACGAUAGUAUCAGUAAAUUUUGCCUUCUAUUCAGUACUUCAAUUGCACCUGUAGGAAAUGCUCAUUACAUUUCCAAUAAUAAUGUAAUUUAUAUGGAAAAAAUUUGCAUAUCAGAUAGGGCUAAUUCCUACUGUACCAAAGCAUUACGUCGGAUUCCGCAAUAUAUCUUAGUAGGACACGCAACUGCCGUAAUUGACGUAAAGUCGCAAAGUCAAUGCAUUGAAAUAUGUUUGCUAUCAAUGGAAACAGUAGGUUUCACAUGUCGAUCAGUGAUGCAUUUUUAUGAGUUCCGGAAAGCAAAUUGCAUUUUGAAUCAAGAUUCUGCUAGAACAGAUCCGGAAUAUUUUACCAGUGAACAGGAAUUGAGAGUAGAUUACAUUGAGUUAGAGGAAUGCUUUAUAUCCGGUAUUUUAUAA